AUGAGUUCGUUUGUCGCCUCGUUGUGCCUCUGUAUCUCUGCUAUUCUUCUUCCUCUUGUAUACUCUACUUCAUCAGUUGCGUCAACUAAUGGAGGAAAUGAGACAGACCGAGUGGCCUUGCUCAAAUUCAAGGCUAAAAUAACCCAUGAUCCUUUUGGGGUCAUGACCUCCUGGAAUCAUAGCGUCAACUUCUGUGAGUGGUAUGGUGUUACAUACGGUCGUCGCCACCAGAGGGUCACUCAUUUGAACCUGCCGUAUCUCAACCUUGUCGGUUCUAUAUCACCCCAUAUUGGCAACUUGAGCUUUCUAAGAUAUCUAAAUAUUGCAAAUAAUAUCUUUAGCGGGGAAAUCCCUUUGGAAAUCCGCAGUUUAUGCAGAUUGAAAUAUUUAUAUCUGAGUUAUAAUUCCAUCACUGGAAAAAUUCCUGAGGAUUUCAGCCCUCUGUUAGAGAUCGAAAUAAUUUCUCUGGCCAGAAACAACCUAUCAGGAGUUAUUCCUCAUCCUCUUGCUAAUUUAUCAUCUCUUAAGUAUCUUUAUUUGUCUAGGAACAAUAUAAGUCCAACUAUUCCAAAGUGCUUUGGAAGCCUUAGAAAUCCCUCCGUCUUGGAUUUGGGAAAGAACAAUCUACAUGGUGGCAUACCAGGAACAUUCGUGGAGGGUCCUCUGCCAACCAGAUACUUUCAGCAUUUCCAAGCCAUCAUGAAGGAGAAAACUGUGGAAUAUUAUGAGGUUUACGUGACAAUCACAAUCAAAGGGGUUGAAUUUGAGGUGAUCAAAGUCCUUGAUAUAUUUGCAAUGAUUGAUUUCUCAAAUAAUCAGUUUAGAGGAGAAAUUCCUGAAAGUAUUGGAGCGCUUCAACAUCUUAAAGGGUUGAAUUUUUCUCAUAAUCAUCUAACAGGACAUAUACCUCAGGCUAUUUGUCAAAUCUUGAAUGGUUAG